GCGGCGGGGGCGGGGCGACGCUGAGCGCCGUCUUGCUCCCAUGGCCGCCCCCGGCUCCCGGUGCUGCCCCCUCUGCCCCGGGCCGCGCCCGGGGGUCCCGCACUGACGUCCCAUGGCGCCGCCCGCUGCCCGCCUCGCGCUGCUCUCCGCCGCUGCGCUCACUCUGGCGGCCCGGCCUGCGCCCGGUCCCCGCCCCGGCCCCGAGUGCUUCACAGCCAACGGUGCAGAUUAUAGGGGCACACAGAGCUGGACAGCACUGCAGGGCGGGAAGCCAUGUCUGUUCUGGAACGAGACUUUCCAGCAUCCAUACAACACGCUGAAAUACCCCAACGGGGAAGGAGGCUUGGGCGAGCAUAACUACUGCAGGAAUCCAGAUGGAGACGUGAGCCCUUGGUGCUAUGUGGCCGAGCAUGAGGACGGUGUCUACUGGAAGUACUGUGAAAUUCCUGCCUGCCAGAUGCCUGGAAACCUUGGCUGCUACAAGGAUCAUGGAAACCCACCUCCUCUCACGGGCACCAGUAAGACGUCAAACAAGCUCACCAUACAGACCUGUAUCAGCUUUUGUCGGAGUCAGAGAUUCAAGUUUGCCGGGAUGGAGUCAGGCUACGCGUGCUUCUGUGGGAACAACCCUGACUACUGGAGGCACGGGGAGGCGGCCAGCACUGAGUGCAAUAGUGUCUGCUUCGGGGACCACACGCAGCCCUGCGGCGGAGACGGCAGGGUCAUCCUUUUUGACACUCUCGUGGGCGCCUGCGGUGGGAACUACUCAGCCAUGGCAGCCGUGGUCUACUCCCCGGACUUUCCUGACACCUACGCCACUGGGCGGGUCUGCUACUGGACCAUCCGGGUUCCGGGAGCCUCUCGCAUCCAUUUCAACUUCACCCUGUUUGAUAUCAGGGAUUCCGCAGACAUGGUGGAGCUGCUGGAUGGCUACACCCACCGCGUCCUGGUCCGGCUCAGUGGAAGGAACCGCUCGCCUUUGUCCUUCAAUGUCUCUCUGGAUUUUGUCAUUUUGUAUUUCUUCUCUGAUCGCAUUAACCAGGCCCAGGGAUUUGCUGUCUUGUACCAAGCCACCAAGGAGGAACCACCACAGGAAAGGCCUGCUGUCAACCAGACCCUGGCAGAGGGGAUCACCGAGCAAGCCAACCUCAGUAUCAGCGCUGCCCACUCCUCCAAAGUCCUCUAUGUCAUCACCCCCGGCCCCAGCCACGCUCCACAGACCGUCCCAGGUAGCCAUUCCUGGGCGCCGUCGGUUGGGGCCAGCGGCCACAAAGUGGAAGGGUGGACCGUGUACGGCCUGGCGACCCUCCUCAUCCUCACAGUCACGGCUGUCGUUGCCAAGAUCCUUCUGCACGUCACGUUUAAAUCUCAUCGAGUUCCUGCUUCAGGAGACCUUAGGGACUGUCGUCAGCCUGGGGCUUCUGGGGAAAUCUGGACCAUUUUCUAUGAACCUUCCACUACAAUCUCCAUCUUUAAGAAGAAGCUCAAGGGUCAGAGUCAACAAGAUGACCGCAAUCCCCUCGUGAGUGACUGAUGCCCCGCACCUGCCCGGGAGGCUCCGCUCCAAGCAAGUCUGCUGGGCCCUCCCAAGUUCUCCUCUGAGAACGUCUCUGCCUCUCCAUUCACCUCCAUCUCUUUUGGGGGCACCCUGUUGCAGACGGCAGCCCAGCCUGGCUGCCCUGGGGAUGUUAAGACCUGGGCUGAGCUGACAGGACACAGCUGGGCCUGCUUCUAGAAGACACUUGGUGGUGGGGAGGUGCAGUGUAGGGUGAGUUUUCUUGCUUCUCUGUCUUGUCCGCAUACAGAUCAGUUCCCCCUGCUCUUUACAGUUUGCAACAGAGCCAGACUGAAAGAUUCCUCAGGUUUUCUUAAAGGCAGCCUGGUUCCCCCCCCUCCCCAGUGUGGUCUCCUGGGCAUUAGUGCCCCAGGCCCAGAGGCCCAGGCUAGCCUUGGAGCUCUCUCUGACUACGAUGUGUCAUCUCGUCUGAGGGAACUGAGAACAGAGCAUACCAGAUGUCUUCUUUCUAGAGGGUUCUUUUCAAUACCCACUGACCAGUGGGGCAAGCCUGAAGAUUGGUUUGUCUGUCUGUCCAUGGAACAGACACAGGGAACUUCUUGUCUACUAGACUUAACUAGCCUGGCCCUCAAGCAGUUCCCAAUCCUGCAGAGUCUAAAUUCAGGCUGUCUCUCGUCCUCAGUGAGAUCCUACUUCAGAAUCAGGAGUUUAAAGACUAGCCUAGAUCUGGGGCUGGGGCUCAGUAGUGGAGAGCUGGUAUACUUCAGGCCCUAGGCUCUAUCCCAGUACUGCCAAAGGGGGUAGAGAAAAGGCCUGUAGCGUAGCAUGCGGCAGCUUCUGUGGUCCCUAUGUGAGGCGGCUAUCGUUUCAAAAGAUGAUCAAAACUAUGGAGAGCUUUGUCCUUUGUCCCUUAUCAUGGGGACAGAGUAGUUAGGAGUAAGCGUCCUUGUCUUGCCCAUUGCCCCUCAGACAGGGAGGCAGGAAAGGCCAGGCUUGGGAACUGGAGAGCCUCCAGGACAAGCUGAAAGACUGAGAGUCCCAGCUGCAGUUGAGAGAGAGAGCCAUCCCUGGCAGAGAAGUCCUGCAGUCCGGGCAUGGCCUUUGUCAGCAGCAGCUGAGAGGAACGGCCUGUGCCCUGAAGGUGGGCCUUGGUCACUCUCCUGCCAGCCCUUGAGCCUCUGCUCUCCUGGGUGCGCUCCUGGGACCCCGUGCUCCCCUUCCCCGGCGCCUCACUGCAGCUGCUGCCCCAGGACUGAUGGGACGGCCUGAGAAUGACCCUGAGGGAGAGGCAGCAGGAGCACAGACGAGGCAGCAACCAGAGCUGACGGGGAGAGGGGCAACCAGAGGAGGAACCUUGAGUCUCUGCAGGGGGCUGGGGCGCUGGCCGGGCUCCUGGGGGGCCCUGCGGGGAUAGGAGCUACGAGGGGUCAUGGUCUCACUUUGAUGGGAAAGGCCGCAGGCUCCUGGGCGUGAGGGCAGGCCCGCCACAUACGAAGAGCACUGGAAAGAGACUGACAGGAGCAGGUUCCACUCGAGGCUGCCCAUAGCAUCGGCAGGAUCCCCCCCUGAGCCCGAGCGUUGCGUCACAGAGCACCAUGUGCGUGGGACACAGAGGAUAUGGGUUCUUUCCCGGGGAAAGCUCGCUGGCCAGGACAUGUGUGCAGCUCAGAUCGCUGCCCCAGGCUUCCUCUAGGCCACCACUCACCUGCCUCUUCACGUCUCGGACACAGGAAGCCAAGCCCCAGUGUGGUGGCAGCUGCAGCUCAGCAUUGGUGUCCCCAGGAAGGGCAGUGGAUGUGCCCACGCUCCUCCUGCUGCUGGCCUGGCACAGCCCAGCACUGCAGGAUCCACUUCCUCUCCUGGGGGUUGGGGGGCAAGGAAAACUAACCGACCUCCAACAACAGAAGGGCCAGUGGGAAAGGCUGUAAAUCAUCCAGGCCAGACCUCCAGAAAUGACGGUCACAGUGUUAGAACCUGCAGCAGCCGUCACAGAAGGCCUCUGUGCCGGUAAACACUGCCCAGAGCGCAGCCCAGAAGACCCUGCUUGACCCUCAGAGACAUUCGCUAGAGGCAUAGGUGCCCUGUGUCCAUCCUUCCUUCCCUUCCUGUCACACUACUUACAAAGCAGAGGCAGAGUGGGAAAGGAGCCUUCGUCCUCUCCUCAUCUGCAAGGAUGGGGCUGAGUCCGCCUGAAGUGAGCAAGGAGACCAGAGCUCUGGACUUCUCAACAUGUGGGCUCUGGCUGCAGACUCCUCAGCCGAAAGCUCUUGAAGAUCAAAGCUCUGGCGGACACAGCUGUCCUGGUCUCCGUGCCAGCCAUGGGGUGUGCCUGGGCCAGGUGCCACCCCAUGCCUCACUGUCAUCCCAGGAAGGACCCCACCUGACUCUCCUCAGCAGCCACUGGCCUGACACUAUCAGAGCUUGCACAGGCUGCUGCCAAGGACAGCCCACACUUGACCUUCUAGAGCACUUAGAAGUGGAUGGCCUCCCAGACUCUGUCAGCCUCUCUGCAGGGGCCACACAGGUCUCCCAGGCCAAGUCCUCACUCCGCAGCUUGUGUGGAAUCUCCUGUUUGGUGUUUGAGGUCUGCUUUGGGUGCUGCCCUGGGAACUGUUAACCUCUGCUUGGUCCCUUUGUAUCUUUGUUUACUGUCCCUUUCUACCUCCAGGCCACUCUCUGCUCUGGCUGAGGGUGGGGGGACCUGCCGGCUGCACCCCACCCUGGUCUUCCAACAGAACCUGGGGGCCUCACUCACUCAUGCAGGCUUCUGUCUUGCCAAGUUAGAGCUGAGCACACUGUGGAGGCUGGGUGGGGCAGGGCGGACAGGUGGGAGGGGCAUCUCAUGGCAGAGGGAAGGGGCGAAGGCUAUCAGGAGGGAUCCUUUCUAGCAGCACAGGGAGCUGCCACCCCGCCACCUUCGUGGCACCAAGAGCUUCCCAUUUCCAAUCUCACCCUCCAGCAGGGACAUGACUUUGGACAACAGGGCUUUAUUUGUAAAUAUGUUCUUAAUAUGCAACUUUGAGAAUAAAAUAGAAACAUCAUGUAUUUUAAAAUAUAAAAUGAAGUGUGACACACUGUAUACAAUUUAAUAUAUAUUUUUAGGAUUUUGUUAUUUAAGAAAAUGGAAUGUGAUGGUACUUUUACAAAAGAGAAAAAAUGUUAUUUUUACUGUUUGAAGAAAAUAAAUAUUCUCAUUGUUGUAGAAA